AUGGCCGCCAUAACUCAUCCACUUCACACUCACACUCUCACUUACAAAACCAUAACACCACUAUCCAACAGAUUCACACCCUCCCCGAAACUCACCAUCUCAGCUAGUUAUACUUCAAAUAAGUACUUACAUGGCAAAAAGCUAACCGUCGCGGUCAUAGGCGGCGGCCCAGCAGGAUCCUCAGCCGCAGAGGCAUUAGCAUCUGGUGGGGUCGAGACAUAUCUUUUUGAACGCGACCCCACUGGUGCUAAACCAUGUGGUGGAGCGAUCCCACUCUGUAUGCUCGACGAGUUCUGUAUUCCACCAGAACUCGUCGACAGAAAAGUAACACAUAUGAAAAUCAUAUCUCCUUCCAAUCUCACCGUUGACUUUGGUAAAACUCUCAAGUCCCAUGAGUACAUCUCGAUGCUUCGUCGGGAAGUACUCGAUUCGUAUCUUCGAUCUCGAGCUGAAUCAAAAGGAGCCAUAGUCAUAAAAUCGCUUGUUACUAAACUUGAUGUCCCCACAUCCCCAAAUAAACCUUACAUCAUCCAAUAUACGGCUAACAACAAAAUUAAGUACCUCCCUGUCGACGUGGUCGUCGGUGCUGACGGGGCCAACAGCCGCGUUGCGAAAUCUAUCCACGCAGGCGACUACGCUUGUGCAAUAGCUUUCCAAGAGAGAAUCAAACUACCCGACCACAAAAUGAAAUACUAUGAAAACCUUGCCGAGAUGUAUGUUGGAAAUGACGUCUCUCCCGACUUUUACGCGUGGGUUUUCCCCAAAUGCGACCACGUGGCAGUUGGGACAGGAACAGUGUCAUCAAAGUCAAAGAUCAAGCAAUACCAACAAGGAAUCCGAAAAAGAGUGCUCCCAAAAAUCGCGGGUGGGAAAGUGAUUAAAGUGGAGGCCCACCCCAUCCCGGAACACCCCCGUCCAGUGAGAGUUCGUGGACGGGUGGCACUCGUUGGGGAUGCGGCAGGGUAUGUGACAAAAUGCUCUGGCGAAGGGAUAUAUUUUGCGGCAAAGAGUGGGAGAAUGUGCGGUGAAGCGAUAGUAAAAGCGUCGGAAGGAGGUGAUAGGAUGAUCGGAGAGAGUGAUUUGAAAAGGGAGUAUUUGAAACAAUGGGAUUCCAAGUAUAUAACAACUUUUAGAUUUUUGGACUUGCUACAACAUGUGUUUUAUGGGAGCAAUGCUGCAAGGGAAGCAUUGGUUGAGCUUUGUGGAGAUGAAUAUGUGCAAAGAAUGACAUUUGAGAGUUAUUUGUACAAGAAAUUGGCUCAUGGGAAUACAUGCCAAGAUUUUAAGAUGGUUUCCAAUACUAUUGGGAGUUUAAUUAGGUGCAAACUUGUUGGGAAAGAAAUGGAAUCGUUUGAUCCAAACAUUCUUGCUAAGUUUGUUUCAUAAUGUUUUUUUCAUUGAUUAAAAUGAAAUGGAUUGAAUAAUUAAUUGUAUGUUGUAAGAUU